CUCGUCAGUUCACUACCACUCGGUCAGUUCACUCUACUACCACUACUACUACUUCCAACUACCUACUUACCUACUCACUACCUAGACCUAACCUACAUCUCUUGGGACUGACUACACCUCUAUCCUCACAACAACGCCUUCAUAGGCUACCUGUGGCCUCCCAUCUAUCCACCCACCUAUCCCGCCCGCUCAUCCAUCCAUCCACACUCUCUCUCCCUCUCCCUCUUCCUCUUCCUCUCACUCGUACCUCACCUUCAUCGCCGCAACACCCUGCGGUUGGUCCCUCUCCGCGCGCUCUGUGAGCCGCUGCAUCCUCCUUCUCCGCCUCUACCUCCUCCUCCUCCUCCUCCUCUUCGCCCUUUCUCCUCUCCGUCUACACUCUCCUCUCCGACUCGACUUCAUCUUCAACAGCAACAACACCUCCUCCCACCAUGGACGGUGCCGGCCAACCCAACCUGCGGAUCACAAUCAUUGCCGCGGAUGGCCUCUACAAGCGUGAUGUCUUUCGAUUCCCGGACCCUUUCGCCGUCGCUACCAUCAAUGGCGAGCAGACUCGCACCACGAGCGUCAUUAAAAAGACGCUGAACCCUUACUGGAAUGAGAGCUUCGACAUGCGAGUGACGGAAGAUAGCGUUCUCGCGGUACAGAUCUUUGACCAGAAGAAGUUCAAGAAGAAGGACCAGGGUUUCUUGGGUGUCAUCAAUGUGCGCAUAGGGAGCGUUAUUGAACUCGAUGCCGGCGGAGAUGAAAUGCUCACGCGCGACCUUAAAAAGUCAAACGACAACAUGGUCGUCCACGGAAAGCUCAUUCUCAAUCUCUCCACCAAUCUGGCCGCACCCAUCAACCAACCCGCGAACAACACUGCCAGUCGCCCGCCAGCAUCGACCAACCCCUCCGCCAACGGCCUCGCCCCGGGAGGUCCCUCCACCCCUCACCAGUCCUCGCAGAACCUCCACCCAGACGUAUUCCCUGGACAGGCACGUCCACAGCCCCCCGCCCAGAACAGUUCCCAACGCCUCAGCCAACCCCCACCUUCCGUGCCCACGAACGCCAUGGGGCCACCCCCGCCAAGCGCCUCUGCGCCAAGCGCGUCGACACGCGGAUACAGUGCUUUCGAAGACGCACAGGGCCGCUUGCCCGCUGGUUGGGAGCGCAGGGAAGAUCAUCUAGGCAGGACCUACUACGUUGAUCACAACACCCGGCAAACGACCUGGAUCAGACCCGGCGCAGGUUUCAAUGAGACGGAUCAGAGGAAUGCUUUGGCCGCGCAGACGCAACAGGAGCGAACCCGGCAUCAGAACCGUAUGCUGCCCGAGGACCGAACCGGAGCCAAUUCGCCCACGUUGUCAGAGCGCCAGCCCUCCCCUCCAGGUCCUUCCUCCAAUGCCGUGUCCAUGAUGGCUACAGGAGCCACCACGGCUGGAACUGGAGAGCUUCCGUCGGGAUGGGAGCAGCGACAUACUCCGGAGGGACGAGCCUACUUCGUUGACCAUAACACUCGCACUACCACCUGGGUCGACCCACGCAGGCAGCAGUAUAUCCGGAUGUAUGGUGGACAGGCCACGGGUGGAAACAGCACUAUUCAACAGCAACCCGUUUCGCAACUUGGACCUCUUCCAUCUGGCUGGGAAAUGCGCCUCACGAACACUGCUCGUGUGUACUUCGUAGACCACAACACCAAGACCACUACCUGGGACGACCCGCGAUUGCCAUCCUCCCUGGACCAGAACGUGCCACAGUACAAGCGUGAUUUCCGCCGUAAGCUGAUCUACUUCCGAUCACAGCCGGCGCUCCGUAUUGUCUCUGGACAGUGCCAUGUGAAGGUUAGGCGAACGCACAUCUUCGAGGACUCGUAUCACGAGAUCAUGAGGCAAAGUGCUGCUGAUUUGAAGAAACGGUUAAUGAUCAAGUUUGACGGUGAAGACGGUCUAGAUUAUGGUGGUCUUUCUCGUGAAUUCUUCUUCUUGCUCUCUCACGAAAUGUUCAACCCCUUCUACUGCUUGUUCGAGUACUCCGCCCACGACAACUACACCCUCCAAAUCAACCCUCACUCCGGCAUCAACCCCGAACAUCUCAACUACUUCAAGUUCAUUGGUCGCGUGGUCGGAUUAGCGAUUUUCCACCGUAGAUUUUUGGAUGCUUUCUUCAUUGGAGCGUUCUACAAGAUGAUUCUCAGGAAGAAGGUCGCUCUCCAAGAUAUGGAGGGUGUGGAUGCCGAUUUCCACCGUAACUUGGAGUGGAUGCUUAACAACGACAUCACGGACGCACUAGAGCUCACCUUCUCGACCGAUGACGAGAGGUUCGGCGAGACUGUCAGCAUUGAAUUGAAGCCUGGAGGCGAGAAUAUCGAGGUCACGAAUGAAAACAAGCAAGAAUACGUGGACCUCAUCACCGAGUGGCGCAUUCAGAAGCGAGUGGAGGAGCAGUUCCAGGCGUUCGUGUCUGGGUUCAAUGAGCUCAUCCCACCGGAUCUAGUUAACGUUUUCGACGAGCGUGAGCUCGAGCUCCUCAUUGGCGGUAUCGCCGAUAUCGAUGUCGAAGACUGGAAGAAGCACACCGAUUACCGUGGUUACACCGAGAAUGACGAGGUUGUUGUCCACUUCUGGAAGUGCAUCCGAAGCUGGGACGCCGAACAGAAGUCAAGAUUGUUGCAGUUCGCGACGGGUACCUCGCGUAUCCCCGUCAACGGAUUCAAGGAUUUGCAGGGUAGCGACGGACCGCGUAGAUUUACGAUUGAGAAGGCUGGUGAGCCUAAUCAAUUGCCCAAGUCGCAUACUUGUUUCAACCGUCUCGACCUCCCGCCUUACAAGUCUUUCGAGUCUCUCAACCAGAAACUUACCAUUGCCGUUGAGGAGACUGUUGGAUUCGGACAAGAGUAAAAAGACAAAACAGCAAGAUUCCUACGUGGAACUUGAAGAAAUCUCAUCAUUUUUAUGUUUGCGAGAAUGGAGACGACGAAAUUCUGUCAUGGAAAUGUGCUAUGGUAUAUACGCGGCACGGUGAGAGGCCAGAUACGUUCAUUGUUUAAGGGGAAGUGAUGUUGCUCUCGAGCAGGGAGGACUCUGUCGGCGACGACUUAGAAAGAGAUACAUUGAAGCUGAGCAAGCAAGCGAUCUGGAUGACGAUGUCUGUGUGGUGGAAAAGGGGGGGAGCGAGUUUCCCAUGCAUUGUGUACAAACAAAAUCUAUUUCCCUGCGAGACCCGUGUAGGUGCGAUGCGCACGCAUGCGAAAGAGAGAUGGGUUGGUAGUUCCUCGCCCAGGGAAUUUGUUGGUAGUUUGUCUGUCACUGAUUUUGCUCGUCUGCUUUUCCCCCUUUCCCUUUUCUUUUCUUCUUAAACAAG